AUGGCAACCGGUUUGGAGGCCCUUGGCGCUGCCAGUGCAGUUCUUCAAUUGAUCUCGUUCGCUGGAAGCCUUGUUUCCCUCACCGUUAAGAUCUACGAUGGGAUGCCCACUCCUGAGAACGAGCUCGAGGAUUACGCGACGAGAAUGCUAGAUGCGGCUCAACGGGUCAAUUCCCGAACCAUACAAGUGCCCAGAGGUCCAGUGAACGACAAGCUCUCAGAAGUCGGCCAGAGAUGUAUCGAUGCAGCUCAAGAGUUGGAAAAGGAAACUCAAAAUGUCACUAAGCGAUACCAAAAACAAAAAGGCAAGAUGUUUAAAGCUGUCUACUCCGCCUUCCGUGCAGACAAGCAUAAAGCGAAGAUCAAUGAGUUGGAAAAGUCCUUGAACAUGUGCAAGGAAGUCAUGGAAACGGAGCUUCUGUUGAAAAUCUGCGACCAGAAUACCGCGAUAGCACAGCAACAAGGUCAAAGAUUCCAGAGCCUAGACAGCGAUGUGCAGAACCUUAUUCUGCAAGUUGCGGCAGGACAUACAAGAAUUGAACAAAUAGUUUCUAGCGAGGCAAAAGCUACGCGGGAUGCCAUAAACAGCCACACAACUGAGUUCAAGGCUUUGGCCGUGAAGAAUAUAUCAGAUAACCAACGACAACGCCUCCUGAGAAGUCUCAAAACAGAGGAAAUCAGAGAGAGAUAUAACUCUGUGCUGCCGUCAUCAGACGCUUGUUUCGAAAGGGUCUUUGCUUCAUAUGAACGUGUUUGUCGUAAAGACCCUGGGUACAAAGCCUGGAACAAGAACGAACGAGAUUUUGGUGAGGAUAGCAACGAGGAAAGCGACGAGGACAGCGACGAGGACAGCGACGAAGAAAGAUUUAAAGAGGAAGUUGACGAAAUUGAUCUGAUAUGGGAGCUGUUCAGCUCCUGGCUGCAGUCGGACGACAAGUUAUUCUGGAUUCGUGGCAAGCCAGGGUCAGGGAAAAGUACAUUGAUCAAAUUCGUUAUCAACAACGACAGCACAACACGUUUACUUGGCUCUUGGUACUCAAACACUAGACUUCUGUCGCAUUUCUUCUGGAAGAUCGGCAGUGAACCUCAAAACAGCAUCAAAGGCCUUCUGUGUUCCUUGCUUCACGACCUCCUAUCAGAAGAUGACGAUGCCAUCGACAAAGUAUUGAGGGAGUUCAAAUUCUCCCAAUCAAAAGACUUUUACAAGGAAUGGUCAUCACAAGAAGCCGAGGAAGUCCUAUUGUCCCUUUUAGAUGCUGGUGCUCAUUCAGCCUGCAUUUUUAUCGAUGGUCUUGACGAGAUAUCGAACAAGGAUGGAUACCAGGCACUCCUCAGUGUCAUUCAAAGACUCACGGCAUGUCAGCGAGUAAAAGUCUGUGUAUCAAGCCGGCCCGAGACAGAGUUAGUUAAAAGGCUUGAAAUUAUUGGAGCGCAGAACCUACGACUAGACGAUCUCACCAAACCGGAGAUGACCAUGUAUCUACGCAAAGAAUUCCACACAUUGCCACGAGAUCAGUCAGCUGGCUUGCCGCUUGAGGAGUUCACAGCGACUCUUUUGGACAAAGCGCAGGGGGUCUUCCUCUGGCUCGCCCUUGCUACAAAAAGCGUCACUAAUGGAAUCAUGAACGGCGAUGAUCAAGAAACCCUUUCCCAGAGGCUCCAAGAACUCCCAGAGGAGCUCGAGUCUCUUUAUCAGACAAUGUGGGAAAGACUCAAUGGGAAUAACCGAGUAUACCGCGAGACCGCUGCGAAAUAUUUCCGCUUCAUCAUCGCCGACGGUUGGUACACGAAACUGAAGAAAAAGGGCGGAUACAUCCACCAUAUUAGAGAAACCAAUCUGGCCCAGCUAUCACUGGCAAUAAAGGUCGAAGACCGUCUAGUCUUCCCGCCUAAAGCUAAUAAGAAGACACUAUUUGAGUUGCAUGACUUAUGCGCUGCCACGGAAAGAGAUAUCCAGACUCGAUGCGCUGGAAUGCUACAAGUUGGUCGACAAGCUGAUAUUCCGGAAAAGGAGCUCCCUGACGCGAUCUAUCCACUUAUACGACCAGUCCAGUUCGUUCAUCGCACAGCUCACGACUUCCUGGUUGACACGGAAGCUGGUCAAUCCAUUGUGAAUUACAAGUCAAAUGAGACAACAUCAAUCGACACAGAAAUAAAACUGCUUCAAUGCCGAAUCAAUUUGGCGAACACGUACUACCAUGAUCUCGGAGUCGUAACAUAUUGCGUUGAAGCUAUGGCUGACUGCAAUCGACUGAAAAACAAGGGAGCAAAUCCAAAUAUCAUGUUGGAGAUACUUAAAAUAAUGGAGGACCUUUAUGGAAAUGGUGCUCUGGAUGGUCGCUUAGGGCUGCGGCGGCCUAAUCAAUCCUUUCCAUGUGUCGCAGCAUAUCAUCUUACCAGCUUCGAGGAUUUUGUCAUUUCAUGUUUUAUGCGGACUCCCUCACAGGAGCUUGCUACCAACAGCCUUCACGAGCUGGCACUUGGAACUGGAUUCUCGAAAUGGACCCCUACACUAAUAAGGAUAAUCCGAAGGAUGAUUGAAUUCGGUGGAGAGGCGCAUGUCGCUAAAAGGUCCGAUCUGUCGUUCGAGCUGCCAGGGUACGAAAUGCCCACAACACAGUACACUACAGCUUUCGAGUCGUUUCUUUCUGGCGCAUUGAAACUGUCCCUGUUAUUGGAAGGUGAUGGCAUGCUAAAAUCGGCUUAUGCUAGCAUGCUAAUAUUGUUUCUUGACGUGAUCGAAAUUCUGGUACAGACGUGCCCGGGUUUACAUAGAAGGGUCAUCUUAUUCCUUGACGAAUUCGGUUGUGUUUGGUCUAAACAACUUCCUAGUAAUUACAAUCACAUGUGGGCCGCGUUGGAGGUUGAUCUGCAAUUUCUGAUAAGCCGGUUAACGGCUGUAGCGGACUCAUGGAACAUACUAACUGAGUCUUGUAUGAUCCAUGAUCUUGCAGCUUCUUUCACGAAGCCUUAUGCACGUGUUCGGCAUAUUGGGCUAGAAGAAGAAGAUCAGAUCUAUUGUUAUCGAGUCCUUGAUCAGAAACCCUUCCUGGACACCAUUGGGCGCAUUGGGGCUGGCAAAAAUUUAUUUCAUGUCAUUCCUAAAGUUCUGGGCGCUAUUAAUGGUCUGAUGAAUGGCUCUAUUCCCUCAGAGUCCAAUGUUUCAUUGGAGACUUUUGAAAAGGUGGAUCUCGGGGAAGAGAUAGAUAUGCUAGUACAAGAGGGGGUAGGGCUACACAGAGACGAGGGCUUAGAUGUUGAUUGA